UAUUAAAGAAGCAACCUGCAGAGACCCACCAACAGUUGCCAAUGCUGCUAUUAUAAGUGGUAGAGGAGAUGUUUACAGGCCUGGCCACCAAGUGCAGUAUCGAUGCCAUAGAGGGUUUGAAAUGUCUGGAUCAGACACAGUGACAUGUGGAAUGAAGGUGUGGUCAGAACCACCCACGUGUAUCGCUGUUGAAAGAAACUGUGGUCGUCCUCCUGUUAUUCAAAAUGGUGCUGUCCUCAACCCUGUUCAGGCACAAUAUCCACCAGGAACAACAUUGCAAUAUAGAUGUCAAAACUUGUAUAUAAUGAAUGGAUCUCCUGUAAUGCAUUGUGAAAACGGUCUGUGGACAAAACCUCCAACUUGCAUAGCUGUUGAAAGAAUCUGUGGUCAUCCUCCUGUUAUUCAAAACGGUGCUGUCCUCAACCCUGUUCAGGCACAUUAUCCACCAGGCACAAAAUUGGAAUAUAGAUGUCAAAACUUGUAUAUAAUGAAUGGAUCUCCUGUAGUGCGUUGUGAAAACGGUCUCUGGACAAUACCUCCAACUUGCAUAGCUGUUGAAAGAAUCUGUGGUCAUCCUCCUGUUAUUCAAAACGGUGCUGUCCUCAACCCUGUUCAGGCACAAUAUCCACCAGGAACCACAUUGCAAUAUAGAUGUCAAAACUUGUAUAUAAUGAAUGGAUCUCCUGUAGUGCGUUGUGAAAACGGUCUCUGGACAAAACCUCCAACUUGCAUAGAUGCUUGUAUUGUUAGAGGUGAAGAUAUGACACGUAACAAUAUUAAGUUGAGGUGGAAAGAUGCUCCAUAUUCAACAUAUGGAGGUUUAGUGGAAUUUAUGUGUAGACAGAACUAUCGGCCACAUCCAUCAUCUCCUCCCUUCAGAUCAUACUGUAUAGAUGGGAGGAGAAAAUAUCCAAGUUGCAUCUAGAUUUCCCAGCCAACAGCUGGGAUAAAAAGUCCAGCUCUGCUGUUUCCAGAAUUUUUCUCACCAAGUCCAUUCUUGUGGGGAUUUCCUGAGAUUUCCAUCUCUGUGCCAAGAGAAUCCUGGCUGCUGUAUUGAAAUGUGCCAACAAAUGUCUCAUUUCUUUGGAAUAGUCCUCAGGAAAUAUAUUCAAUAAAAAUAGUUCUGGUUUGAAUUGAA